AUGACCGAAGCUUGUUCAGCUCUCAAGUCACUCUCCUGAGCAAAGCAAUUCCUCACCAAACUCUCUCUCUCUCUCUCUCUCUCUUUCGAUCUCUCUCGCCGAUCUCAACGAACUCUCUCCCUCCCUCCCUCUCUCUCUCUCUCUCUCUCUCUCUCUACAUGCCUUUGAUCUCUCCGACCCCGCCGCCGCCGUCGCCGUCGCCGCCGCCGCCAUGCCGUCGUCUCCCAAGCCCCACCACCACUACGGCCGGCCCUCCCCGCCCUCGCCUCGCCGCUCCACCAUGCUCAUCGUCUCCUGCUGCCUCCUCGUCGGCUUCUCCGGCUUCGUCCUCGGGUUCAUCGCCAUCCUCGGGCCGGGCCGGGGCUCCCGGUGCUCCGGCGCCGAGCCUCGGUUGCUCCGCGUCUCGUGGAGCGGGGAAGCGAGGGACGGCGGUGGCGGUUUGUUGGUCAGGGAUGGCGGGAAGGUUCUGAGGAGGCGCAAGGUGAAGGGGUUUGUGGGGAUCCAGACCGGGUUCGGAUCUGUCGGCCGCCGGAGAUCUGUCCGGCGGACGUGGAUGCCGUCGGAUCGGGAGAAAUUGCAACGCUUGGAGGAAGACACUGGAUUAGUUUUUAGAUUUGUCAUUGGUAGGACUAAUGAUAGGACGAAGAUGAUGGAAUUGAAAAAGGAAGUGGCACAGUAUGAUGACUUCUUACUGUUGGAUGUAGAAGAGGAGUACAGCAAGCUCCCCUACAAAACGUUAGCUUUCUUCAAAGCUGCCUAUGCACUUUAUGAUGCUGAGUUCUACGUUAAAGCGGAUGAUGACAUCUAUCUCAGGCCAGAUCGGCUUUCCCUGCUCUUGACAAAGGAACGAAGUCAUUCCCAAACUUAUAUUGGAUGCAUGAAAAAGGGCCCAGUUUUCACCGACCCGAAACUUAAAUGGUAUGAGCCAUUAGCCUAUUUGCUAGGGAAAGAAUACUUCUUCCAUGCUUAUGGUCCAAUCUAUGCCCUUUCAGCAGAAGUAGUUGCAAGUUUGGUGGCUCUCAGAAACAACAGUGUCCGGAUGUUCAGCAAUGAGGACGUCACAAUUGGUGCAUGGAUGCUUGCAAUGAAUGUCCACCAUGAGAAUAACAAAGAGCUAUGUCAACCAGAGUGUACAUCCUCAUCCAUAGCUGUGUGGGAUAUACCGAAGUGUUCAGGGUUAUGUAGUCCAGAAAAGAAGUUACUUGAACUUCAUCAAAAGGAGAUCUGCUCGGACAGCCCUGCUGUGGCAUCUGAUGAUUAGUUCUUUCUGUCAAUUUGUUCUGCUCGGAAGGCCAGUUAUAUGGAAAAAUUUUGAAGAAUGAAGAAUUUACUUUGCUGAUGAGUUGGUGCUACUACUGAAACUAUUGAUUUAACAAGCGAAGGUCCUUUUCAUUAUUCUGUAGCGAUACACCCCUUGUAUUUUUUAUUCUUGAUACACCCAUCUCACAUGAGAAAUCAGAUGUAGGUCUUUCAUAGUUUUUUUAUACUCCCCUAUUUUAUUUUUUUUGUUAGGUCUAUGUUGGAAUUACUUCAUCGAUAAUUCUUAGGAAUGUAAUUAGUCUCAUUAAUAUUCACUUUUUUCAAUGACCACCCUUGCAUAUA